UUGGAACGCCAGAUGAAAGGAGUUUUAACAAUACGGUACAGUACAAAACAGCUACGAAGGAGACCCCGGAGGAAACGCAGGUGGGGAGAAAAUCCAGCUUUGAAACGGAGUCGACAGCAGCAAAAGGAUUUUUCUUUCCUCCGCAGGGAAGCAGCUGGUCGAGCGGACGGGUCUGAAUUAGCUGGCAAUUAAACUAGAGGGACUCCUGAAAUCAAAACGUUAUUGAACGAAUCUCCUGUGAUCCUUGCGUGUUCAUGCAGCCCAGCUCUCUUGCCUGUACACGGUUCGGGCUCGGUUUGUAUGCCGUUUGUAAAACGAUUAAACACAUCGUUUUAUAUCGUAUUUUUGAUUUCCCAAGUAUAAAGUUUGUGGAUGGAUAAAAACGAAAAUAUUGAUAUUCCGGAACUCAAUUAUUCGUUUUUUAUGUGGGAUAUAUUUUGUACAAGGGAGUCAAGUGUUUAAGCAGGAUUUUAGUUUUUCGUGUUUUAAAAAGCAAAGCGACGCAUGUUACUUUUACAUUGUUCAUUUUUAUUUAUUUUUUCUCCAUUUUGGAGUGUUUUAGUGUCGCUGCAAACGUGAAGUUCGUCGUGCCAAAGUUAAAAGUGGUUUUAUGUACACGUAAGUGGUGGUAUACAGUAUAUAUAUAUAUUUCAAUGGAGAAAUAGUAUAAAAGUGGAUUGUGAUUUUAAAAGGAUAAGCACGGCGUCGGCGAGAACGCCAGUAAUUAGGGUGCAAAAUGACUGGGUCGAGCUCAAACGGCACCUGCAAACCAGCAGCCCAACUCGCCAGGCACGGCCGCUCGAAAAGCACCAACUGCCGCAGCUCGGGUUCGGGUGCGGAGUCCGCCUCUUCCAGCGGUACCGCCAGCAACACGGGCAGGUCCUCUGGGGAGGAAGAGGAGAAAGACGGAGGGGUGCUCUUUUAUGUGAACAGAACCGGCUUUCCCAUCGAGGGUCUCACCUGGGAGAGGAUGUGGACUCACGUGGCCAAAAUUCACCCCGAUGGAAAGGAGAUGGUGGACAAAAUUAGGAACGCUGCAUAUCUCCCCAAACCUCCUGUGCCAUCGGUACCGAACUUCAAGCCGUCUAUGUCUGUCCCAGACUGGCUGCAGGCCAUCCAGAAUUACAUGAAGAUGCUGCAAUACAACCACACAGGAACACAGUUCUUUGAAAUUAGAAAGACGAGACCUCUCAGUGGGUUAAUGGAGACUGCAAGAGAGAUGACCAGAGAAUCCCUCCCAAUUAAAUGCCUUGAAGCUGUUAUUCUUGGAAUCUACCUGACCAAUGGACUGACGUCCGUGGAGCGCUUCCCCAUCAGCUUCAAGACGCAGUUCUCAGGGAACUAUUUCCACCACGUGGUGCUGGGCGUGUACUGCAACGGGCGCUAUGGGUCUCUGGGCAUGAGCCGGCGGGCUGACCUGAUGGACAAGCCCCUGGUCUUCCGCACGCUGUCCGAGUUAGUCUUUGAUUUCGAGGAGUCCUACCGGCGCUACCUGCACACGGUCAAGAAGGUGAAGAUCGGCCUCUACGUGCCUCAUGACCCCCACGUCUUCCAGCCCAUCGAGUGGAAAUAUCUGGUGCUCAAUUCCAGCAAGGUGAGCCGGGAGGACAUGCGCAAGGAGCUGGAGAAGCAUGCCAGGGACAUGAGGAUGAAGAUCCUGAAGUCCUCCAUAGCACAGUCUCCAGUCAAAGAACGUACCAGAGGCAAGUCUCUGUCUCCAUGCCGGAGGCAGUUAAGCCCCCAAAGACGCCACCUACACAGGCGCGACAAAUCGCCUGCGGCACUGGAUAGGAAACCUGCUGAGCUCAGCACCCUGAAUGAUGUUGGCUACCAAAUUCGGAUCUGAAGAAGCCAUAGGAACUGCCUAUUCUUUUUCUUUCUAUGGUGCUCUUUUUUUGCACUUUAUCUUGAAAUCUGUUUUUAAUCUUUUAUCUUUUUAAUGGACACUGUGCAAAUUUAUAUAUACUUGAUAUUUUUAUCGUUCUUAAAAGGUCUCAAAAGGACAUGCAAUUAUGUACAGUGCACAAUGAAAAUAGGUCACUGAAAAGGAAGUGAGAGGUGAAGAUUUUAAUCACCUUUUUGGUGAUUAUCCCAUGUCUACAUUUAUGUUGACCGAGGUCAUCAUUUUGUUUUGAGCUACCAUCUUCUUUAAGACCUGAACAAAUUCUUCAGGUGUAACCCUAAGAAGAAGGAACUUGUGUUUUGGAUCAGGAAGCAUUGGGCAGUAUUAAGAGAUUACAGGACUCUUCAGCAUGAACAAAAGUCAAAACUGUACACUCCAUAGACUGUCCUUUAAGUGGAGUAAUUAUGUAGCAAACAAAGAGUUUUAAGAUUUUAUUUAUAUAUAUGUAUAUUGCAGUAGAGGAUUCCUUUAAGGGAUGCCCUUUGAGUGUACAGUUGGGACAAUGUGUUCUCCAAAUGUUUCUGUUGUAAUCUGUGAAGUAGCAUAACUUAUCUUUAAACAAUAUUCUUUGAAAAGUAUAUUUUCAGACAGCUGAGUACCAGUGGAUUAGCCCAGCAUUUGAGAUCAAACGUCUCCCCUGAAGAAUCUUGGUGAGCUCUGAACAGCCAGUGGUUCUGAGAAGAAAAUACGCUUGGAAUAUAAGCCAACCAAUGAACAAGGCUGAAAAGAAAACAAUAUGUUCUGUGGGACAGAAACACAAGCCUCUGCUCCCGUCAGGCUGAUUUUUCAUUUCUGUAUGCCUACACUUCAUUCCCAAGAGCAUUCUUAGUAAUGACAUCUAUGAACUCAUCACUUACUUAAUAGGGAGCCAUUAAAAUGCAAAUACAAUAAGCGUUUGGGAUAUUCAGGUAUGGAGCUGUGUCCGCACAUGUAGGCUCAAAGGAAUAGGUAACAGCCCAUUCCGUGCUGAAAGGUAAAGAAAAGAAAGACACUUGGCUGCUUCAGGUGUGAUGAACAUGUGACUUUCAAGUGUUUGUGAUGCUUUAUAAAACUGUUUCAAAGACUAACAGGUAUUCAAGCACUGCAUCUUUUAUUUCAAGAGUCCUUUUUGAGAGGAUUCCUGUAUUACAGAAGAGGAGAAGCUGUGCAUAAUCCUAAAUUAGCAGUUCUAGUUUGUAUGGAAUGGUGAGGGAGUGAGUAUAAUGUCAUGUGAAGGUCAGGAGAUCUGCACUCAUCCUGCGACUGGUUUAGCUACAGUAGAAUCCAUUUGUUUAAUCGCUGGGCGUUUUCCAUUUGUUUAAUCACUGAGAAAUCCAGAAUGAAUCUGAAAAAAACUGACAUGAGAGUCACUAAGCACAUGGAUAUACAGUACUAAUUGAGUAGCAAUAUAAAUUAAAAAGGGCUCUCUAAAAUCAUGUGAUGUGGUUCUGGAAGGCCCCUUAGUGUUGGCACAUAGUUUUUCUAAAAGUAUUAAUUACAUUAUUGAAUAUACCUUCAAACUGCUAGAUGCAGCAACCUGUGAGUAAUCAGCUAUAUAAUUCUUAUCUCCACCACAAGAAACAAAAUUAGUGUCAGUGUAUUGUAACCCAGGGCUUUUCAUGGCAGUAACGACAGAUAUAGAAGGGAUCAGGUAAUUGGAGGUAUCAUAAUGGCAUAAAAUAUGCUACUAAUUGCUACACUGUCCAUUCCAAUGCACAAAGUAUUUUCCUAAUUUUAGUAUUGUUGUUGCCUAAUACGGUUCAAAACACUUUCUUGGAUAGGAAUGGCUUCAUAAAUGUAUUCUAACCAUGUUUAAGUACUUUAGCAUUCAAUAUUCAGUCCAGAGGUAAUUCUUAAUGGAGUUAUGAUGGCAACUUACAAAAGAGGGCUAGCUACAAUUCGAAACUGAGUUAAGGUAAAUUGUCGACAAAUAUUUCUAAUCCCUUGGUGAAUUGAUUACCUCUGUAUGUGGGUGUAGAAAUUACAUUUUAUGCAGAAUGUGUAAGAAGGAUAAUUCUCAUUUUAGUGUGACAUGGCCUUUGGGGUUGGUAUCAGUGCUUUGUAAAUGGCACAUUUGUUCUGAUCCACAGCAUGCGUGUGUAUAUAUAUAUACUGAAUGCGAAUUAAGAGGGUGGUUUUAAUGAAAAUCUGAAGAGAAAUGCAAGGAUUCAAACCUUUAUAUUACACUUUAGCAUUUUGGAAUAAAUUAGCAAAGCUUUCAGCAGGAGCCAGUUUCGUAUUAACAGGUCUUUAAACACUUGCUCAGCAUUGAGAAGCACUGCUCUUCACAAUAUGUCUCAGCACCAAGUUUUCUAAUAUGCUACAGCUGUAGCUGCUCAAGAAAAAUGAUGUGAAACUUUACUUUGCAAUUAAACUAUUAUUUUAGCGUCUGAUUUUACUUUUACCAAAGUCUCAUCUGCUUUGAUCUAGGCAGAAAGUUUAAAAUCGAAACAUACCUCGUUUUAACGGCACUCUGUUAUGAGUGGGGAAGCAGUCAAGGUGCACACACAAAGGUCUUUUGGAUUGGUAAUUUAAUAGCACAGUUUGGUAUGACCGUGUAACUGAGUUUGUGUGACAGAAAAAUUAUAUGUGAUAUUUUUAUGUUUAAUGUGGAUAUUGAUUGGAACUCAUUUUUCACUUUCAGCACAAAGAUAAUUGCUAGCAUUUAAGUUACUUCAUGUCCUCUUCACUGGACCUUCCUCAGUGUGAGCACACAGAAGAUGUUUUCUACAGAUUGGUAAAUUUCACACUAUUAAUGACUUCUAAGGACUGAUUUAAUUUGUUUUUUACAGUUUGGAAUGAUUCUUUUGAAAGCAGUCAGAGUGCACAAAUAAUGCACACUUUUCACAAUAACACACAGACAUUUUAGUGCUAAAAUUAUUUAGCACUGGCUAGGUGUUGGGUGCCAGUUUUAUAAAAUAAAAAUACUCAUUUUAAGAUUUCAUAUCCAGAAUGGAAUAUUUGCAGUCUUUAAAGGAAAAUAAAAAUGUCUUUAGUAUACACAAGGAAAAGUAGUUGCAGGAAUCAUGAAUGUUUUUUUAAACAUACUGGUAUCUCGUAUAACUGUUAGCCUGGCACAUUCUUUUCAACUUGUGUUGUGUGCUGUUAAUAUCCAUCUAGCAGAACCUGUAACCUCAACACUUUAAAACGUCAUUAACAGACAUGAUUUGGUAACAUUUGUGGAAGUAUUAGACCCAAUGUUUUGUAUUUUACCAGUGAAGAUACUUCAAUACUGUUAAAUUUAACCUUUUUGAAAUUUGUUAGUUGCUAAUUAAUAGCACUCUUGCCCAUCAUGGGUAGGCCGUUUUACAUGAUUUUGGUGAGGACCUUGACAUACUAUUAAUGCAAAACUGAAUUUCAGUGUUUUGUAAGCAUCUGGAGAAAUUCACUUUAAACUGUAACUAUCUACAACAUAUGAAAUACUGUUGUCUUUCCUGUUAUGUUUUCUUCAAAGGUGUACCUAUGAAGAUUGUGUUUUUCAUAGUGAAAAUUGCCCUUAUUCGGGCUGCAAUACUUAACCUAAAUAUGCUAAGCAAAUUAAAGCCUGUUUCAAUGCUCAUCUCUUCUCCUGGUAUUGCUGUGGAAUGUGGUUUAGUACAAAUACUACUCUUGAUUGUUUUUUUUUACUGUUCUGCACUGUAAACAGCUACAUUUUCUCUAUCUUUUUUCUAAUCAUUGGAAGUAUGUACUUGGUAGAUUAGAAUCCCUCAAUGCAACAGAUGACUGUAAUGUUUUUACCUAGCAUGUGUUUUAAUAAAC